AUGUCCAAUACAGAUUUUCUCUCGAGAGCUAUCGAUAUAGCUAAAAAGGCUACCGAGGAGGACCGCAAUGAAAACUAUAAAGACGCCUACAACUUGUAUCAGAACUGCCUGGAGUAUUUCAUGACAGCUAUUCGAUAUGAGAAAAACGAUAGACUAAAGGAGCGUAUUCGCGAAAAGCUUGUGGAAUACUUGGACAGAGCUGAAACUCUCAAGACCUUUUUGAAUACCCAAGAAGAGAAUAGUAAGCAGAGUACGAGCAACAGCCCCACCAAGAACGGUGCCACUGCUGGAAAAACGAAAAAAGUUGGAGGAUCUGAUGAAGAGGAUGAUGCUGAUAUGAAAAAGAUGAGAGCCAAUUUGUCCGGUGCUAUCUUGACUGAAAAACCAAAUGUGAGCUGGAACGACGUUGCUGGUUUGGAGUUGGCAAAGGAAGCCUUGAAAGAAGCUGUGAUUUUACCCAUCAAAUUCCCCCAUCUUUUCACAGGGCAACGCAAACCUUGGCGUGGUAUUUUGCUCUAUGGACCUCCUGGUACCGGUAAAUCAUAUCUCGCAAAAGCAGUUGCUACAGAAUCCAAUGCCACCUUCUUUUCUGUGUCAUCUUCGGAUCUCGUCUCGAAAUGGCUUGGUGAGAGUGAAAGAUUGGUUAAACAACUGUUUCAAAUGGCAAGAGAAAGCAAGCCUGCCAUUGUGUUUAUUGAUGAGGUGGAUUCUCUAUGUGGCUCGAGAGGUGAAGGUGAAUCAGAAGCUUCUCGCCGUAUCAAGACAGAGUUUUUGGUGCAAAUGAAUGGUGUAGGUAAUGAUAUGGACGGCGUUUUGGUGCUUGGUGCUACAAAUAUACCUUGGCAGCUUGAUUCUGCCAUCAGAAGAAGAUUCGAAAGACGUAUUUAUAUCCCUCUUCCUGAUGCAAAUGCUCGUGCCAACUUGUUUGCACUGAAUGUGGGCAAUACACCUUGCACACUUUCACAACAAGAAUUCAAACAACUGGCUGACAUGACAGAUGGAUACUCUGGUUCGGAUAUUGCUGUAUUAGUCAGAGAUGCGCUUAUGCAGCCUAUUCGAAAGGUCCAAAGCGCAACUCACUUCAAAUCUGUUACUGCACCAUCUCGAUUGAAUCCAGGAACAAUGAGUCAAUAUUUCACCCCAUGUUCUCCAGGUGAUCCUGCUGCUCAAGUGAUGAGCUGGAUGAAUAUCGAAGGAGAUCAAUUGUUAGAACCAGAAUUAACAAUCCAAGAUUUCUUGAAGGCAGUUCAGAGCUCUCGCCCCACAGUGAAUGAUGUCGAUAUCAAACAGCAUGUUACUUUUACAUCAGAUUUUGGCCAAGAAGGAUAA